UGCUGGUUGUGGGUCCUGGCGUCAGCAUGUCCUUUCCUAAGGCUCCCCUGAAGCGAUUCAAUGACCCUUCUGGCUGUGCUCCUUCUCCAGGUGCUUAUGACGUGAAAACUUCAGAAGUUUUAAAAGGACCAGUAUCAUUUCAGAAAUCACAAAGGUUUAAGAAACAGAAAGAAUCUCAACAAAAUCAUAAUGUUGACAAAGAUACUACUCAACUUGCUUCAGCAAGAAAAAUUAAGACUUUGGGAUCCAAGAAGGAAUCUCAGAAGAAUGAUAAAGAUGUGAAGAGUUUGGAAAAAGAGAUCCGUGUUCUUAUGCAGGAACGUGGUGUCCAGGACAAGCAGAUCCAGGAUCUGGAAGCUGAGUUGGAGAAGAUGGAAGCAAAACUAAAUGCUGCAGUCAGGGAGAAAACAUCUCUGGCUGCAACUAAUGCUUCUCUGGAAAAACAGCUUAUGGAUUUAGCCAAGUCCAAUGAACUAUUAAAAAAUAAGUUUUCUGAAAAUGGUAAGAGGAACGUGAACAUCCUAAGCCUUGAGUUGAUGAAACUUCGAAACAAAAGAGAAACAAAGAUGAGGAGUAUGAUGGCAAAACAAGAAGGCAUGGAAGUGAAGCUGCCAGGCACCCAGAAGAAUCUUGAAGAGUCUCAGGGAAAAAUAGUACAACUUGAAGGGAAACUUGCUUCAGUAGAGAAAGAAAAGAUUGAUGAAAAUUGUGAAACAGAAAAACUCUUAGAAUACAUUGAGGAAAUCAGUUGUGCAUCAGAUCAAAUAGAAAAAUAUAAACUAGAUAUUGCCCAGUUAGAAGAAUAUUUAAAAGAAAAGAAUCAUGAAGUAUUAAGCCUGAAGCAGGCCCUUGAGGAAAGUGUUACAUUGUCUAAACAAGCAGAAGAUCUGAAUGCUAAAUGUCAGUUGCUGGAAGAAGAAAAAGAAGACCUUGUCAACAGGGCUAGACAACAGGAGGAAAAUCUGAAUUCUGAAAUGCAAGACUUAAAAGAGAAGCUUAUUCUUGAAAAACGAGAAUGUGAAAAGCUACAACAAAAGGAGUCACAAAUGGAAUCACUUCUACAGCAAGAGAAGGAAUUGUCCUCUAGUCUCCAGAAGAAGCUAUGUGCUUUUCAAGAGGAAAUGACUAAAAACAGGAGUUUCUUUGAAGAAGAAUUAAAGCAAGCACUAGAUGAACUUGAUAAAUUGCAGCAAAAGGAGGAACAAGCUGAAAAACUGGCCAAACAAUUAGAAGAGGAGACACAAGCUAGAGCUGAAGAAUUAAAGCUUCUAGAAGAAAAGCUGAAAGGGAAAGAAGUGGAGCUGGAGAAAAGUAACUCUGCUCACACUCAAGCCAAGCAGACCUGGCAGGAGAAGUUGAAGAAUGCAAUGCAAGACCUUAGUGAUAUUACUCUUCAGUUUGAAAGCUAUAAAACAUUAACAGCCAGUGAAAUGCAAGACCUUAAGCAAGUGAACUUAUCACUUGAGGAAAAAGUAGUCAAGGCCAUGAAGAAUGCAGAGGAUUUACAACAUCAGAUGUUGGCAACUGAGAGCUCAAAUCAAGAAUAUGCAAGGAUGCUUCUAGAUCUGCAGACCAAAUCAGCACUUAAAGAAGCAGAAAUUAAAGAAAUCACCAUUUCUUCUCUUGAAAAAAUAACUGAUUUGCAGAACCAACUCAAGCAACAAGGUGAAACCUAUAAGAAACAACAGGAAGAGGAAGAAGCAAGAGAAGCCAAAAAGGAAAUCACAAUAGCAGAAUUAACUGAGGAAAUGAAGAAGUGGCGUCUGCUUUAUGAAGAGCUAUAUAAUAAAACAAAACCUUUUCAGCUACAACUGGAUGCAUUUGAAGCAGAGAAACAGGCUUUGUUGAAUGAGCAUGGUGAAGCUCAGGAACAACUUAAUAAACUAAGAGAUUCCUAUGCUAAAUUAUUGGGUCAUCAGAAUCUAAAGCAAAAAAUCAAGCAUGUUGUGAAAUUGAAAGAUGAAAAUAGCCAGCUGAAGUCGGAGAUGUCAAAACUUCGCUGUCAGCUUGCUAAAAAAAAACAAAGUGAGGCAAAGCUUCAGGAGGAAUUGAAUAAAGUUCUGGGCAUCAAACGCUUUGACCCUUCAAAGGCUUUUCAUCAUGAAAGUAAAGAAAAUUUUGCUCCUAAAACCCCAUUAAAAGAAGGCAAUACAAACUGCUACUGAGUGCUCAUGGAGUUUCCAGAAUCAUGCAAAAUUAACAUCUGGAAAAAUCUGUUGAAGAUGAUUUUAU